UCGAGUCACUUAUAAUGUUUUGUGUAACAUUAUAAUGGUAUGUGUGUGUGUGUGAGGGAGAAAAGUCUGACUAAAAUCCAGUCCUCUGUAAGAUGCAGUGAAGGCUGUGGUGUUCUCGCUCGUGAUUGGUGGAAAACUAUCCGAACUCGAAAUCUCUGUCCAAUCGGAAACGGCGCGUGCUGCCCGGCGCGCGACACCUGCUCCGAGGUGGAACAGGGAGAACGUGCGGGACUUCAAACCGCGAGCGCGUGCGCGCACGAGCUGAGGACAUGAUGCGCUCCGAGCGGAUCUGAUGGUGACUCUCCUCCCUCCAGCACCUGGGCUUUGAUCCGCCGCUCUGCUCCACACUAAUGCUGCGUCUCCUGUAGCUGGAACAACAUGCACGGAGUUGAGCUGUGAGUCGAUCAUGGAACCUCAUCAUACUCGUACAAACUCGGAUUAGUCUAGCGUCUGCAGAAGGUCAGAAGUUUUUAUUCUGAAUCCUGAAGAGCAGCUUAAUCAGUGGACCUGGUUUUUAAGGCACUUGCUUAAGUUAAAAACCCUAAAGAUGAAGCAUCUCUCAGCUCUGCUCUCAGCUCUGCUGGUUUUGUUCUUGCACAUGGUCAUGUGUGAUGCAGAGCCCAGUGCAGCAGUAGCUCCGGUAGGAUGGAGGGAAAACGAAAAGGAUAAAAGCAUUUCCCGGCACAGUUCCCACUCGGACCUCCUCAAACCCCUGUGGCUUUACUCGCACCUGUCCUUAACCAGCGAAGCCCCCCAGCAGCUCGCGGUCCAAGAUCUGUGGGCUUGGCUGUUCAAUCGCACAGAGGAGAACGAACAGAGUCUGACUAGAGCCAAGCGGCGACCCAUCGUCAAGACGGGCAAAUUCAAGAAGAUGUUCGGUUGGGGUGACUUCCAUUCCCAUAUUAAGACAGUCAAGCUCAACCUGCUCAUCACGGGCAAGAUCGUCGACCACGGCAAUGGCACGUUCAGCGUCUACUUCCGUCACAACUCCACAGGCCUCGGCAACGUCUCGGUGAGCCUGGUGCCCCCCUCCAAGGUUGUGGACUUCGAGAUCACCCAACAGGAAACUCUGGACGUCCAUAAAGACACCAAGUCGUUCAACUGCAGGGUGGAGUACGAGAAGACCGACCGGAGCAAGAGGACGUCGUUUUGCACCCACGACACCGGCAGGGUGUGCUUCCAGGAACAGACGCAGAGCCACGUCUCCUGGCUCUGCUCCAAGCCCUUUAAAGUCAUCUGCAUCUACAUUGACUUCUUCAGUGCUGACUACAAACUGCUGCAGAAAGUCUGUCCGGACUACAAUUACCACAGUGACAUGCCUUACACUUCGAUGGGGUAGAGUUUCAAACUCGCCCCGAGCGUACCGUACAUGUCUGUGGAGUUGAGUUUCUGUCAUCACAGCCCACAUUUCCUUGUUCCCUUGUCGUAAUUAGAGGGCUGAAGUUGAGUCAACUAAGCUGAAGGACCUGCUGUGAGCAAGCCUCACUCGAGAUUUAAGGAAUCUUAAGAAUCUAUAAAGUGUUUAAACCCUGAACCCAGCUUUUGAUAAUGUUCCAUCUUUUGCAUGUUCUGAGCAUUUAAAAAAAAAAAAAAAGUGUUGUAAUAGUAUCUGUAAAUUUGGUCAAAAGUGGACAUACACACGUACAAAAAAUCGCACACUUACCUAAUGAGUGUCAAAACUCAUUUAUUCACCUUGAACCAUGAAUUCUUACCAGAUAAAAGGAAGAAAAAAAAAGAUGUUUUUGAUGUCUAUUAUGACACGACCCCUUUACAUGUGUUCAGUGACGUCUUUAUGCUGUGUGCUGGAAAGCAAACCAUAAGAUGAUUACGAAAAGUACGGCUAUUCUUGAUUCAUCCUGUACAAAUCAUUCUGAUCAUUAAAAU